GCGUCAAAAAGAUCUGCGCCCAGCACCUGCUCUUAUUGAGUAUAAGGGCAUGAAGUUCCUAAUCACCGAUCGACCAUCAGACAUAACAAUUAAUCACUAUAUAAUGGAGCUUAAAAAGAACAAUGUUAACACUGUGGUGCGUGUGUGCGAGCCCAGCUACAAUACCGAUGAGCUGGAGGCCCAAGGCAUUACUGUCAAGGAUCUGGCCUUUGACGACGGCACCUUUCCGCCGCAGCAGGUCGUUGACGAAUGGUUUGAGGUUUUGAAGGACAAUUUUCAAUAUGCUGGCAAUAUGAAAAGCGAGAGACACAUACCAAAAACAGCUCCAAUGACAGCAGCCACAACCCGAGCCAGUCUCUCGGCAGCAGCAACAGCUACAGCUACAGCUACAGCCACAGCUACAGAUACAGAUACAAUGCCCCUAACUGCAAAUGAAACAGAUACAAGCGAAGCAGCAGCAAUUUUUAAUAAUACUGCAUUCGUUGAUAAUGAAACUUGUCGAUACCAGCAGAAUCCUGAGGCUUGCGUUGCCGUGCACUGUGUGGCUGGUCUGGGACGUGCCCCCGUUUUGGUAGCACUUGCACUCAUCGAAUUGGGCUUGAAAUAUGAAGCGGCUGUUGAAAUGAUUAGAGAUAAGCGACGCGGCGCCAUCAAUGCCAAGCAACUGUCAUUUUUGGAAAGAUACAAGCCGAAGGCGCGGCUAAAGCACAAAAAUGGCCACAAAAAUUCAUGUUCUGUGCAAUAGAUUUCCAAAACCAUAUGUAUAUUCCCACCAGAUAAAAAGUGUUCAUUUUUUCAACAAAAAAAAAAAAUAAUAAUAAUAAUUAUAAAAAAAUAUUGAAAAGCAAAAAGGCAAAAAGGCAACCCAAGCUAAAUAAAAACCCAACUGUAAACUCUUUAGUUGCAAAUUCCUCAACCAGUCUAUAAAUGAGAAUUGAUCGCAGCCCAGUUAUUAUAAACGAAUUCUUGUAUUGGCAUCAAAUUGUAUUUAUUGUAUGUAUUAAUUAAUGUAAUUUUAUUUGUUUAAUUUCACAAACCCACAAGCAAAAACACACGCAAUUCUAAUUUGAUUUCACGCCCACACAAUACCCAUAAAAUGGCUGUAGCAGGGCAUUAUAGUGAAAAAGUAACAUUAUUAAUAUCUGUAAUAAUAGAUUAUGUACCUAUCCAAAAAAAAAAAAAAAAAAAAAAA